AUGACUGAACAGAAACUAUAUCAUCCUGUAAACUUAAAUACAGCAGAUUUGAUCAUCUCUUUUGCAUCUAAACAGCAUGCCUUCAAACUGAUGAUGAGUACUCUUCGAGAAAUAGAAGAACAGAUAGAACUUCGACAGAAAGCAAAUAAAAAGUUUUGUCAAACUAGUGUUGUCAUCCAAGACAUUUAUCAUAAAGAAAUCGAUACAUAUAAACAAUUAUUGCACAGCAUCACUGGAGAUAUAAAAUACUUGGAGAAUGACAUCUACAGAUUAAAUAAUCAACGUACAACAUUAAAAGAGGAACUGGAUACAUAUGAACAGGAAUUGGCCCAGUUGAGGGAAUACGCCGAACAAAGAAGAAACAAGAAAGCAAAGAGAGAAAAACAGUACCACAGCUUUUACAAUGUACCUAUUGUUGCAGCGCAAUAUAAAAAGAAAUAUAUGCGUGCUCGGGAUAAAAACUCGGAUGCUGAAGAGCAACUGUCAAAAGUCAGAAUCACCGUAGAUUCGUGUCAAAAAGCUGUCGCUGAAGUAGCCAGGUCCAUUAGUGAUUGUCAAAAGAAAAUCGAGUUACUUGAACAACAACAACAGGACACUGAAAAUAGAAUAAAACAAGCAAACGACAUGAUUAGUGAGUUACAAGAUGGCCAACGAUUCUGGUCUGACUUCGACAACAAUCAGCUGUCUACAGCCUUGAAGGCGACACAGCAAUUUAUUGAAGCUAUACAAAAAUAUUCUAGGAAGAGUCAUAGCAAUCUUUCUCAAGUAGUUCAUCAUCAGACGGACUUUGUUAAGGUAUUCAGAUUAGCAUUACAUGAAUAUAGUGAAGCAGAAGGCUAUGCAGAAUCAAGAUGGAAAGAUAUACAGGUAGCAUUUAACUGUGCUCGAUGUAAAACUACGCAGAUUGGUUGGCCAAAUCUAGACAAGGUCCGUACAACAGAUUUGCUAUGUGAUCCAUGUUACAAGGAAGUGCGUACUACGAUGAUUCUUGAGAAAAAGAUUAAUGGAGUGAUAGGAUCUAAUCGCAGCCAACAGUUACUAUCACUUCCUGGUUCAUCAAGCUUUUCUGUAUCGUCGUCCAAUACAUCCAACUCAACCACAUCAAGCAAUAAGAGCAAAACUGGAUUCAAGAAGAUGUUUCAAAUGAUUAAAAAUAACAAGCGAAGUAGCUCUAGCCAUGAUCUUUCCAGCCAUUCUCCAGAUGUGUAUGUGUCUUAG